CGGUACCUCAAUAGCAUGGAUUGUGACUGUUUGAGUUAACAGUGGAAGAAUCAGGCGGUUUAGACAAGGAAGAGAAAGGAAGAUGAUUAAAAAAUGCUAAGGAAGGAGAAAAGAUCCAACUUAAGUGAGCAUGGUCAGGGCUUUCUUCUGGCUUUUUUAGCAGGAACAAUGGCUGCCCUAGGUUCAGUGUUUGCCAAACUUGCAUUUAAUGGGGGCAUCAUUAGCCAGGCAUGUGAAGUCAUGGUUGAAGUAACUGUGUGUAGUAAGCUGAAGUGGUACAUACAAGGUGUAUGCUUUGGACUGAUAUUUAUCAGUAAUGCCCUGAUGUGGACCUGUUUUACCAAGAGUCUACAGCUGUGUACAUCUUCCCUGGAGGCCACAGUCAUCAACACAGCAACCAACUUUCUAGUCAGUGCGCUCAUUGGCUGGAUGUUUUUUCAUGAAGGACUUUCACUGAAAUGGUGGAUAGGUUCCCUCCUCAUACUAUUAGGUCUCAUGCUAAUCCACAGAGGAGGUGAUGAGACAACACCACAGAAACAUCAUAAAGAUUCAUGAUAUUUCACAGAGGAAGUGACCAAACUACACCACAAAGACAUAAAGAAUAUUUCACAGAGGAAGUGACCAA